UAGAACAAAGGAUUUCAUGAGAAUAGAAGAUUCAAACUCAGAUGUUGAAUUCAUCACUGAAAAAAAUAGGACCAACCCAGAUACAUCAUAUGACAUGUCUCAAACUAUUUGCUUGUUUAAAAAAUAUCUCACCAGAUUUCAACAGAACAAACGAAAAUCAAACAUGGAAGAGUCAGAAGUCUUCAAGAGGAGAACUUCACGCCCUUUAUUGCCACCUAAAUUUGGUUCUAAUUUGAAUAGACCUGCUUCUUUACUAGAACAAGCAUUACUUCCUGUACUUAGGACUGAUUCAUUACAAUCAAAUUCUCUGGAUGGGAGGUCUUCAACAUCACAACUCACUAUAUUCUACAAUGGAGCUAUUAAUGUCUAUGACAAUGUUUCUGUUGCCAAGGCCCAAGCAAUUAUGCUCCUUGCUGGUAAUCAAAGCUGUUUGUCAAAACCUGUUGUCACAGAAAUGCCAAAAACAGAAGUGAGAACACCAUCUCAUCCAUCCAACUUACCAUCAAUUAAUAGCAAGUUAGAAAAAGGAAUUCCAAUGGCAAGAAGGUUUUCCAUCCAAUGUUUUCUUGAAAAGCGCAGAGAAAGGGUAAUAAGCAAAUGUCCUUAUGCUCUUCCCAUCACAAAAGAUGAGGAAGAAGACAAUGAGCCAACACUAGACAAUGUCGAUGAGUCCAAUCAAAAUCAUAGCUUUACUCUUUCACCUUUUCCUUCUCGUUUAGGUUAUUUUUUACCUGUAUCAGCUAAUAAAAACUGUUAAAGUUGGUACAUUAAUUUUAUGGCAAAAUGUUAUUUCAGUAUCUAGCCACAAAUCCUGCCAAUCAAUUGUAUCUGAAGUUCUAAGUGGA